AGCUUAAAAAGGGCCCGGGAGGGCAGAUUCCUCAGAUUUGGUCUUGACUAGUCGGGGCUUUAGGCUCAUCUCUGGUGACUCCUAGUCCUGAGUCUUAAUACCCUUGCGAGAGUUUUGAGCGCGGGUGGGUCCCCGGCGUUCGGAGUCCCGGGUGUGUGUGGUUGUCGAGCCUGCAGCCGGGGGUCCUCGGCGCUCUCGCGUCCUCCGCAGCUGGCCUGAAGAGACGCGCCCCAGCCCUGCGGGGAUGGAACGGACCGAGCUGCUGAAGCCCCGGACCCUGGCCGACCUCAUCCGCAUCUUGCACGAGCUCUUCGCCGGGGACGAAGUCAACGUGGAGGAGGUGCAGGCUGUGCUGGAAGCCUAUGAGAGCAAUCCGGCCGAGUGGGCUUUGUAUGCCAAAUUCGAUCAAUACAGGUAUACUCGAAACCUUGUGGAUCAAGGAAACGGGAAGUUUAAUCUGAUGAUUCUGUGCUGGGGUGAAGGGCAUGGCAGCAGUAUUCACGAUCACACGGACUCCCACUGCUUCUUGAAGAUGCUGCAAGGAAAUCUAAAAGAGACAUUGUUCGACUGGCCUGACAAAAAAUCCAACGAGAUGAUCAAGAAGUCUGAAAGAACCUUGAGGGAAAACCAGUGUGCCUACAUCAAUGAUUCCAUUGGCUUGCACCGAGUAGAGAAUGUCAGUCACACAGAGCCCGCCGUGAGCCUGCACUUGUACAGUCCACCUUUCGAUACGUGCCAUGCCUUUGAUCAAAGAACAGGGCAUAAAAACAAAGUCACCAUGACAUUCCACAGCAAAUUUGGAAUCAGGACUCCAUUCCCAACUUCAGGUUCACUGGAGAACAACUAAGACCUACCAAGUCUUCAAAGUUUUGCUUCCACAUCCUCUGAAUGUCUUACCUUGGACAGAGAGACCACCCACCAUUUGCUGUCCAGUUACACAGUUAAAUAAGUCCAUGCUCGGGUCUACUGCAAAGUGUGUGUACUAAGGAAGUGAAUGAUGCCCUGAGCAGGAGAAAAAUCCCACUAAAGAAAAAGUCACUUGAUUUUUAAUGGUCAAAUCACAUUGCUCCUGGUCCUUCUGUCUUCUAAUUCCAUGGAAACUCUACUGGGGAGUUUCAGUGUUUUUUUUUUUUUUUCAGUCGUAGGAAACACUCUGGUCUCUGAACUCUAAUAAUAAGUAAAAAUAAGAAACCACAAGCUAUCAUGUGUCUGUUCUCACACCUGAAAGUCUAAAUGUGGAAAUCUUUAAUAUACUUUGUAUGUUCUUAAUAUUUGACAAGAAUUUUUCAAGUCUGGGUUUUUAAUUUUUUUUUCAACCCUAUUUGACAAAUUGCUAUGCUGUGGAGACUAGGGACGCGUAUAGCAGUUUGGUGCUUGGUAGUGAACGGCAGGGGCUUAGAAACGUGUAUGUACCUAGCCCUCCUGCAAACAAAAACUGGAACUCAUAUGUAAUGUGUGCCUCCACCUGAGCUGCCACCAAAAUUGCCAAACAACUUUAAUAAAACUGGAUUUGAGAAGAACUACA